UCUAAUAUUUUCUGUUUGUGGUUUUUUCUUCGGUCGAGCUCGACACGAUAUUGCUCCCCUUCCUUUGUUGCUUUCUAAGAUGGGGCCCGAAUUUAGAGAGAGAGAGAGAGAAGUCAUGGGUGGUGGAUGGCGCCAUAGCCACUAUGUACAAAAAGCAUAUCCAUUUUCCUGAGGAAUUUUGAGGAUUCCCUUUCGUCGGGAAGCUGCUCCGAGAGAGAGAGAGCGAUGUCACUGUCGAUGGAGAUUCGGGUCUGGUCCCACAGCGGCGGGGACAGCGACGAAGAGCCCCGCCGCCGCCGGAGCAGCCACCCCGGGCGGCCGCGAUGGGGCGGCGGCGGCGGCGGCGCAGGGCGGGCGAGGAGACGGGGUGCUGCUGCUGUGCUGGCGCAUGUGCCUUGUGCUCGGCGUACGGUACAGGCCCGGCCCAGGACUGCCCGGCGUGCGGGCUCGGCCGCGGAUCAGUCUCGGUCGCAACGGUCGGAAACGCUCCGAAUAAAAGCCACACCCCCGGAGCGAAGCUGAUUUCCCACCUCUUUCUCUUCUUCUUCAAGCUCUUCCUCUGAAAAUCACUCUCUCUUUCUGUGAUUCUCUCUCUCUCUCUCUAAGCGAAAUCUGAGGAAUUGAAACGAUUUUCAUGGCGGUCGAAGCAUGGUGCGCCGACCCUUUUCCCGCUGGGAUAAUUCCGACCAGGGUUUUCAUCCCGAGGACGAAGAACCCUCGCCCGGCCCGUCUCCGCGCCAGCCGAGCGGAGGAUUUCAUCCCUCUGCCGUCGUCGGAGACGCCCGACCCGAUCCUGCGGCCGUCGCGCCGCACCCUGAAACUUCGCAUCGUCCCCGAGUUUGGCACGGCGAAAUCGUCCGUGAAAUCCGACAGCGGAUCGAACAGUGACUACAACGCCGCCGUCUCUGUCCCCAGAAGCCACCACAAGCGGUCCAGAGACGACGCGAUCGGCGACGACCAAUUGAACGGCGGUCGCUUCCCGGCGAAUCGGAAUCCUCGCAAGAUGAGCAGGGCGUCGCCGGUUCUGGGGCACAAGGCCGGGUUCGAGAUACACCAAUCGGAGAUCGACCGUUUGAUUUCACAACACACACAGCAGUUGGCGAGAAAACUGAAGGAGAAAGACGAAGAAAUCCAGAGAAUCGGGAAACUGAACGGUCUGCUCCAAGAGAAAUCGAAGAUCCUGGCGACGGAGAGCUACAUGUGGCGGCGCCUCGCCGAGGACAACGAGUUCGAAGCCGACUACCUCCGUUCCUACCUCCAGCGCGUCCUCUCCCGCGGCGGCGCCGGCGGGGUCGACGACGCGGAGUCCCACUGCGGGAGCAACGAUACCGGGACGGCGGGAGCGGAAUGCGGCGACGCGGCGGCGGCGGCGGCGGCGGUGCAGGGAGAGGGAGUCGGGGGCGGUGCUGCUGCCGCGCGGCGCCUGUGCCUGAGCGCCGCGGCGUGCGGGCCCGGCCGCCGCCGUGACUGCCCCGCGUGCGGCGAGGCUGUGCCGGCGAGCUUGCAACUGAAUCUGUCGUCGUCGUCGUCGUAACGGUCGGAAGCGCCCUGGGCGGGAAGUGUAAAAAGGAGGGAAAGUAGGGGCGAAAGGGGGAAAAAGGAAAGAAAUAGUCCUCUUUUUUUCAUUUUUUGUUUUUUUUCAUAUAGGGAGAUUCUUUGAUAUCUUUUCUGUUGGAGAAUGAUACGGGGAAAACCAUCGAGAGGGAUGGUUUUUUUCAAUUUUGUGUAAAUACGAUACAUAAUAAAUGUUCUUUUUUUCUUUAA